UCAUUUUUUGUUUGUUACGCGACGCCCCGACUUUGUUGUGUUCUUUCUUUCCUUGUUGUCUUCCAUUUUCUCUCUUGAUUUCCAUUUGCUUUUGAUUUUUAUGUAUUUUUUUCUUGGUACCCAAAGUUUAUUCUCCUUUUGAUUCUGUUUAGAUCCCUUUUGUCUCGUCUUCUCCGGAUCUAUUUAUGCUGUUUGGUCUGAAAAUCAACCCUUCCCCCCUACAUAAAUUCAUCCUCCUCCACUGUCUCUGUAAUCUGGGUGUUGAAGAACGAGGGAGAAGAAAAAAGUUUAAGUGAAAGGAGUUUUUUUUUAAGAAAAGGGUAAAUGGUAGAGAUGGAUUUCGCUCAAAAAAUACGCCGAGGCCAUGAAUAUGCUGAAGCUCUAGAAGAAGAACGACGUAAAAUUCAAGUCUUUCAACGCGAACUUCCUUUGUGUUUGGAGCUUGUCACGCAAGCGAUUGAGGCAUGCAAGAAAGAGAUAUCGGGGGGUUCGACCACGACGGAUUACAUGCAAGGGCAAUCGGAUUGUUCGGAGCAGACGACCAGUGAUGUUCCGGUUUUGGAAGAAUUUAUUCCGAUAAAAAAAAGCUCUGAUUGCUCCGAGGAAGACGAUGAACAAGAAUCGGAUAAAUCCAAAGAAAAGAAUGUUCCUGCUGCUGUUGAUCAUGAAAGGAAAUCCGAUUGGCUUAGAUCCGUUCAGUUGUGGAACAACAACAACAAUCAAUCCCCAGAUCUACCCUUGAAUGAGGAUGCCGGUAACAAUGGAAGUGGUGUGGAAGUGAAGGAAAAUGGUGGAGCAUUUCAACCGUUCCAGAGAGAAAAAGUCGUGGUAAAAAGUGUUCAACCAUCUGCGGUAGGAAAAGCAAAUGCUUCAGCUACAAGUACUUCCACAACAGAAAGUAAGAGUAGAGGUGAAGGAGGAGAAGCCAAUAAUGGAAACUCAAGUAAAAAAGAUGAAAAGGAGGGUCAGACUCAGCGAAAGACAAGGCGGUGUUGGUCGCCGGAAUUGCAUCGGCGCUUCUUGCACGCUCUCCAUCAACUCGGCGGUUCACAUGCUGCCACUCCAAAGCAAAUUAGGGAGCUGAUGAAGGUUGAUGGACUUACAAAUGAUGAAGUUAAAAGUCAUUUACAGAAAUAUAGAUUGCACACGAGGAGACCGAGUCCGUCCGUCCAACACAGCGCCAAUCCACAAGCACCUCAAUUUGUGGUGGUCGGAGGCAUCUGGGUACCUCCACCGGAAUAUUCCACGAUGACCGCAACGACAUCAACAAAAACAGCCACCGAUGCGCCGAGUAGCGGAAUCUACACCCCGGUAGCCACAUUGGCCACGGUUGCUCAACCAUGCGGAACAUCGGUGCAAAGACAUCAACAGUCGCAUUCCGAGGAAAGGGGCAGCCAUAGUGAAGGGAGAGUUCAUUCGACAUCUUCCUCUACCCACGCCACAACCGAUUCACCGGCGUACUAAGCUCUCAUGACAAUGAGAAAUAUGGUGUACAAAUUUUUGUAAGAAAAAUCUCGGUAGAAAGUUCUAUAUAUAUAUGAUAUGUAGAGAUCUUUCUGUCUUUGCUACUUCAAU